AUGUCCCAGACCCUCGGCCUCGCUGGUGCCAGACCCCCCCAGCUCCUCGUGGAGCCUCCCUGGAGGCCGGCAGUGCUGUGGGACCAGGUGACACUGACCUGCCAGGGCUCGGGGACCGCCGGUGUCACCACCUGGUACAAGGUGAAGCGAUGGGGACAGCAGGGAGGAGACCGCCUCAAUGUCAACAAGUAUGGCACCUACCAGUGUCACAGACCCAACACCGGGCACAGCUCCCCCAUGACUGUCUCAAACGACUUGCUGGUGCUGCAGCUGCCGGCGUGGGCGCUGAUGGAGGGGGACAUGGUGACACUGCGCUGCCGGUGCUGGGGGAACUACACGGUCACCUGGGUGUCCUUCUAUCAUGAGGGGAAGAAACUGAGGAGUCUCUGCGAUGGGACCGAGCUGUGCCUGUCCGCUCUGCAAAUGAACCACAGCGGCCGCUACAGCUGUAAGGGCUGGAUGAAAUUCUGGGGUUGGAAGGAGUCACUGCCAGUGACAGUGACAGUGCAGGGGGUCCCGCCCUCGGGGAUGUCCCUGUAGGUGCAGCCCCCCGGGGGACAGGUGGCACUUGGGGACAGACUAGUGCUGAGCUGCGUGGUGGACAAGGGGACAGGUCCCCUGUCCUUCUCCUGGCACUGGGAGGGCUCGGGGGCACUGCUGGGCACCGGGCCCCGCCUGGAGCUGCGGCACGUUGGGGACAAUGACAGCAGCCAGUACCGGUGCCGGGUCAGCAACGGGGAGAGUGUGGCCAAGAGUGACCCCCUGAAUGUCACCGUGCCGGUGCCUGUGGCUAAUGCCACCAUCACCCCUGGUCCCCUGGCACACCAGGUGCGCACAGGUGAUCCCGUGACCCUGCGCUGCUCGGUGCAGGUGGGCUCAGCCCCUGUCACCUUCACCUGGCUGCACAAGGGGCAGGAGGUGGCCCAGGGUCCCCUCCUGGGGCUUGGGGACGUCGAUGUGGGACAUUCGGGCACCUACCAGUGCGUGGCCACAAACCAGCUGGUUCAGGACGGACACCGCGUGUUCCAUGCACUCACCCCCGAGCUGGCCCUGGAGGUGACACCUGGCUCUCCCUGGCUCACAGUGGCUGUGAAUGUCGGCAGGACCCUCCUGUUCCUGCUCCUGCUCCUGGCUGUCGUCGGGGGCUGUCUCUGGUGGCACCGCCGGGCUGCCAGGAAGCUCCAGGACAGGUCCCCACAACCAGUGUCACUCUCAGGGCCCCCACGGGUGUCCCCUGGCCCUGCCCCACCUCGGGAUCCACGAGUGACCAACGUGGAGCUGCUGGGACCCUACAAGGGACAGAGGGACCCCCGUGACAACAAGAUCGUGUUGUGA